UAGUUUGUUAUCGCCGAGGGCAACGUGCGCUCCUUCUCUCCGCCGUGCGGUAAUAUUGUUUCCGGCGUCUGUCUUCGUGAGCCUUCACUUUGUUAACGCCUCCAAGUUGGAAGCUGCUAGUGUCUGCUUGCCACAGUCGCCCAUGGAGAAUAGUGCCAAAGUGACCUGGAGCGUGAGCACUGAAGAGCGAAAAUGUUCUGGAGAAGACUCUGAACCUGGCAGAAUCCGACUGCCAAAUUCCCACCUCAAAAAUAUGGAGUCAGAUAGCCUGUAUCACUUGGGUCUUGAUACGAAAACUCACAAUCUCAAGGAAAUGUUUGGGGUCGUGAAGUUUGUGUGCAUGGGAGGCACGAACCAGCGAAUGGAGGCUUUCGCUAGGUUCGUAAAGAAAGAGCUCAAGGUUAAGUUACCGCCUGGAGCCGACUUGUACGACAUCAGCCAACACUCGCACCGCUAUAGCAUGUAUAAAGUGGGGCCUGUACUAUCCGUUAGCCACGGCAUGGGCUCGCCUUCUUUAUCUAUCCUAAUGCACGAAAUUCUAAAGCUGGUCCAUUAUGCCGAGUGCAAGGAUCCAGUCUUCAUCCGUAUUGGAACGAGCGGAGGUGUUGGGAUCCCGGCUGGGUCUGUGGUUGUUAGCAACGGUGCCGUCAACGGUCUCGUGAAAGAAGAGUUGGAAAAGUAUGUCUUGGGUAAAGUGGUGCGCCGCAGCAGUAAGAUGGACCAGGAGCUGGCAGAAGAGAUUGUACAAACUGGGAGAAAGCACUUACCACACCUGAAUAUUGUCACCGGCAAAACAAUGUGCGCCGACGACUUUUACGAAGGCCAAGGCCGGCUUGAUGGUGCCAUCUGCACCUAUACGGAAGACAUGAAGAUGGAGUACCUAGAACUGCUGAAGAACCACGGAGUCGUGAAUAUCGAGAUGGAGGCUACGCUGUUCGCGUCCAUGUGCAGUAUGGCUGGUGUGAAAGGUGCCGUUGUUUGUGUCACUAUUUUGGACAGAACAAAAGGGGACCAAGUCUGCGUCUCGAAGCCUACGCACUCGGAAUGGCAAGAGAGACCUCAGCAAGUCGUCGCGGCAUACAUUAAGUCAGCCCUAGGACUGCUUGAGGCAGCAUGAUGCGCCCUCAUGUACUCUUUGCUGCUGUUAAAAUUUGCUGGACGUAA